AAGCAUAACGUUGGCCAUCGUUUCCCGUAUUUCAAAACAUUGGAGGACGCAGCAGUCUUCCGACAGAAAGUGAUUUUUUGACUCUUGCGCGAUGUCCAGACUGCUGAGGGUCAACUUUAGGGGAUUCAUAACUUCCCAGAUAAGGAUGUCAUCGGACCAGCUGGGCGAGCUGGGCAAAGGAGCAGGGAAAGGGGGUGGAGGAGGAGGUGCUGUGAGAGAAGCCGGAGGAGCCUUUGGCAAGAAGCAGGCGGCCGAGGAGGAGAGAUACUUCAAGCGAAAGGAGCAGGAGCAGCUGGCUGCGCUCAGGAAGCACCACGAGGACGAGAUCGAGCACCACAAGAAAGAAAUCGAGCGCCUGCAGCAGGAAAUCGACCGUCACAAGGGCAAGAUCAAGAAGCUGAAGCAUGAUGACUGAAGCCGCGGCUGAUGACUGAACCCCACCCCACCCCACCCCCCCCUCCGUCCACAGUGCUGCCUAGAUCUGCUUCAUUCACAUGUGAUUUGUAUAUACUUCAAAUAUAAUUUUUGUUUUAAUGAUAAGCCCAUGAAAAGUUCUCAGGAAGGGAAAAAACAUGAUCUUAUAGGAAGAGUAGACUGAUAGUGAGCUCUUAUUUCUGUCUAAAAUUUUGCGCAGCUUGGACAGAUUUGUGUACGCCUAAUUGGAAAACAAAUUGCUUGCCUUAGUUCGUAUUCUAGCAGAAGUUGAGUCUGACAAAUUGAAUUACUCUGGAGCGGAAUCGAUUGAGAGUGAACAAUAAAUGUGUUGAAUCGCC